ACAGCAGCUGCUGCGCUGGAGGCAACUGGCGCGAUGUACCUCCGCAGGGCGGUCUCCAAGACCCUCGCGCUGCCUCUGAGGGCGCCCCCAGGACCCGCACCACUCCGGAAGGACGCAUCUCUUCGCUGGAUGUCAUCUAACAAAUUCCCUGGAACAUCUGGAUCAAAUAUGAUGUAUUAUCUGCUUGUAGGUGUCACAGUCAGUGCUGGUGGAUAUUAUACUUACAAGACAGUCAAAAGGCAAGCCAAACACAGCGAACAUACAGCAAACAUGAAAGAAAAAACCAAAGCAGAGUUACAUCCACCUCAAGGUGAAAAAGAGAACCUUGUGAGUGCCGAGGAAGCCAGUUCAGACGCCCCUGUGGUAUCUUUAGCGGAAGCACCAGUGGUAGAUGCUGAAGAUACUCCCCAGGCCACAGUGACAGCUAUUGAAGAGGCUUCCCCCUGUCCAGACAACAUGGAGGCUGCUCCUGCGGAGACCCUCGGUGCUGAAACUGGGCCAGAGGUGACAGAUGCGGCAGCGACGGUCGAAACCGCAGAGGUUGGCCCUGAAGUGACCUUAGAGGUUACAGGCACGCCCCUGGAUGAAGCUGUUGCCAUCGAUAGUGGUAAAGGUACAACAGAAAAUGAAACCCAUGGUGAAAAUGCUGAACUAGAAGAAAAUUCUCCAGUUGAGUCAGAAUCCUCUGCUGGGGGUGAUUUACAGGAAGAAGCUGGUGGUGCUUCUGAGGCUGCCUCACCUCUAGGCUGAUCUCAUGCUGAUUGACACUUCAGGAAAAAAAUGCCAUAGAGGGUCUGAUAGGUGUUUUCAUAGUUUUAGUAACCCUUUUUUUUUUUUUUUAAAGACUUAUUUUCUAGAAAACAUUCAGUGUUUGAUAUCUACUGAUGGAUUUCAGGAUUAAAAGUUUGAGAUUUAACAUGUCCAAAUGGUUUUCUACUCUCUGGAAUCAGAAUAUGAUAUGGAGUAAAGAGCUUAAAGAGUUUCAUCUGUGGAUUUAAAUUUUAUGUCAUAGGAAUUGAGCUAUCUAUACACUCUGCAAUCACUUUAAUUUUGCUAUAACUUUAUCCUUCUGUAAUGUAUGUAAAUCUAGAUUCUUGAGUUUUGAUUUGAACUGAUUCAAAUAAAUUUGGAAAAUCUUUA